UCCCCAUUCAACCACACCGACAUACAGGCCGACACACAUCUCUGAAAAUAUGUCGCCAAACGUUGACGUUACCCCUAUUCGUAAUCCCUUGGAUGUUUCAGCCCUUGAGAAAUUUCUAUCAAGAUCACAAUCGCCAGCUCCAUUAGCUACGCAAGCAUCCACCAAAACCCCAACUAUUUGCACUCUUGGGCCGUCUGUGACAUCAUGGCCACCUCCAUUUAUGAAGGCACCCUUUACCGUCAAGCAGUUUAAAUUUGGUCAGUCAAAUCCAACUUAUUUUGUCACAGACGCAAAUUCUAGAUACUUUGUCUUGAGAAGAAAACCUUCACCUAACAACAAGUUAGUUUCCAGAUCGGCCCAUGCUAUUGAACGUGAGUUUUUCAUGUUACGAGCAAUCAACAUAUGUAAUGAACAAACCGAAAAAGCAGGUGGCCCGGCCUCUAGACUAGUCCCUGUGCCAAAAGUCCACCUUCUCUGUGAAGACGAGUCAGUUCUUGGAUAUGUAUUCUAUCUCAUGGAAUUUGUAGAUGGCAGACAAUUAAAGAAUCCUUCUAUGCCUGGGAUGCCUCAAGAUGAACAGAACCGCCAUUGGCAGGGAAUUAUGGAAACCAUUACCGCUAUCCAUUCUUUGGAUGCAAAGACCCUAUCAGAUGAACUUCCAGCAUCCCACUUCCCACAAUUUCAACCAGAGAAACUUUUCAAAACUGGUGGACAAUCAUAUUUCCAACGUCAGGCACGGACUCUUUCCUCGGUGGAAGCACUUCAGACCAAAACCGUAGACCCCAUACCAUCCUUUGGACCCCUCUGUCAAUGGGUCCUUGAGAAUGGUCCGCGUGAUCCAGAUACGCCUACACUCAUCCAUGGGGACUUUAAGAUUGACAAUGUUAUCUUCCACCCAACUGAACCUAGAGUAGUUGCGGUAUUGGACUGGGAAUUGUGUACUUUUGGUCAUCCAAUUUUCGAUUUGGCAAAUUUCUUGCAACCAUUCCAAUUGCCCAACCAGCUUAAUCUCUUGCUCUACAAGCCUGAUGUUACCGAGAUGGGAAUUGAACAGCCAGGGAGUUUAGAAGCAGUUCACGAUAAGCUUCGGUUGUACCGGGAAGUCUUGGGCCAUGAUUGGAGUGACCACGAUAAAACUAACAACCCAGUAGAUAAUUGGGACGUAGGAUUUGUGUUUGGAUUGCUUAGAUUGUGUGUAAUUUCACAGGGGAUUGCCAUGCGUGUAAAGCGUGGUAGUGCUAGUUCUGGUGAAGCAAGUGGAUAUGCCCGAAUGUAUCCACUCCUCUCGAAACUUGCCGUUGAGUACGUUAAGAAUAGUAAGAAGGGUAAAACGAGCUCGGUGAGAUUAUAAGGUUUAUAGUUUAAUAUAACUGAUACUCAAAAAAAAAAAAAAGGU